AUGAAUGUCACCAAACCAUGCUCGACAGGAAAGACUGACUGUAAGGCAAUGAUUAAUGCCUUAAAAGUUGAGGAAAAGAUACAGUUGACCACAGUUCAUAAUACCCACAAUCACAGACUGAGUCUACAGAAAUCUUGCUUCUUCCGGUGUAAUCGCGAAGUUAGUGAGACUGUAAAAAGGGUACUAGAUACUAACGACCUAGCUGACAUUCGAAUGAACAAGAGUUUCAGAUCUCUUGUGGUGGGUGUAGGAAGAUUUGAAAACCUCCCAUUUUUAGAAAAAAAUUGUCAUAAUUACAUCGAUAAGGCAAGACAUCUACGAGUUGGAGCAGGUGGUGCUGGAGUGCUUCGAGACUAUUUUUGUAGGAUGCAGUACAAGAACCCCGGAUUCUUUUCCUUGAUGGAUUUAGAUGAUGAUGGGAGGUUAAAGAAUGUCUUUUGGGCAGAUCCACGUAGUAGGGCAGCUUAUCAACAUUUUGGUGAUGUGGUAACAUUUAACACCUCGUACUUAACAAACAGAUACGGGAUGCCCUUUGCUCCCUUUGUUGGUGUAAGCCAUCAUGGGCAGUCGAUUCUCUUGGGAGCAGGGUUAAUUUCCAGUGAGGACACAAAGACUUUUAUAUGGUCAUUUCAGACUUGGCUGCAAUGUAUGGAUGUCUCCGAGAAGCUUGGCUCCCAUCAUGCCUACAAAAGUGGCCUGAAAACUCAGCUGAUGAAAUGUGUGUAUGACACUCAAACUAUUGAAGAGUUUGAGAAAUCGUGGGAAGAGUUAAUUAGCACGUACAACUUGCAAGAGAAUGUCUGGUUGCAAAGUUUGUACGUUGAGCGCACACAUUGGGUACCGGUAUUUCUGAAGGAGUAUUUUUGGGCUGGCAUGAGUACAACACAACGGAGGGAAAGCAUGAAUACAUUUUUUGAUGGAUAUGUUCAUGCGAAGACAAACUUGAAGGAGUUUGUUGACCAGUUUGACAAUGCCUUGAGAAAGAAAAUCGAGAAUGAAAUCAGGGAAGUUCAACAGCAAGUUAUGGGUGUACUCGAUAUGGAUCCAUCUCUACUUAGACGGGAUGGUGUGAAGAAGACCUACCUGGUAGAAGAUGAAAUUUCUGUCGAGGAGUUCACGAAACAUGUUACAUAUUAUGUGGACCUUAAUGAGGAAGACUGCGAAGUUAAGUGUUCAUGUGAGUUAUUUCAGAUGAAGGGGAUACUGUGUAGGCAUGUCUUGGCCAUAUUCAAAUGUAACGAGAUAAAGUACUUGCCAGAUAGGUACAUUUUAGAUCGAUGGAGGAAAGAUAUCAAACAGAGAUACACGUUAAUCCAGAGAAUCUAUGACAUAGGAAAUCAAAGGGAAUUUACUAACAGAUAUUCAAGUCUGUUGAAUAUUUAUUAUCGGAUGAUUACUCAUACAGCAGAUUCAAAAGAGCAUACUGAAGAUGCAAGUACGAAGUUAUAUGCAAUGAUUGAUUUAUAUCAUGGCAUCCAAGAACCCCUUUCAAUGACCCAAACAAAUUCUAAUGUUGGUUUAACUACAAAGGACACAACUACAGUUGGUAGUUCGCAGCAAGUACUCAGUCCACGAGUUGUGCACGGAAAAGGCAGACCCCCAUCUCUGAGGAGUGUAUCCAGGAUGGAGCAAGAAAUGCGGAAAGUUAAAGUAAGGACGAAGAAAUCAAAUGUAAAGGGAAAAUGUAAAGAGUUUCGAUAUCUUUAA